AUGAGGCAGGGAAAGGAGGGUUCCUUUGUCACAACAAACAAGGAGAAAGCUUUUCGCAGUCUCUUCGAUUUACCAAUGCCUCAUCCGAAGCUUUCAGCUCUUAUUGAUGCCAUCUGCAAUUUUGUUAUCUGCAAUGACUCUUCCCUUCGAGGUCAGCCCAUUAUCUUCAAUCCUGACUUUUUUGUGGAAAAACUCCGUCAUGAGAAACCUGAGGUGUUCACUGAGUUGGUGGUCAGCAAUAUCACAAGGCUCAUUGAUUUACCUGGAACUGAAUUGGCUCAGCUGAUGGGAGAAGUGGAACUUAAGUUGCCUGGUGGGGCUGGCCCAGCGACAGGAUUCUUCCGGUCUCUAAUGUCUCUCAAGCGAAAGGAAAAAGGAGUAAUAUUUGGAUCCCCACUGACAGAGGAAGGCAUUGCUCAGAUAUACCAGCUAAUUGAAUAUCUACACAAAA